ACGCAAAAAGAAACCAACCAACCAUGGCUGCUGCUAAAUCUUUCAUCACUCUUCUCCUUUUCAUCUCUCUUCUCUCACUGGCUUCUUGCCUUAGCAGUGCUAGUGAGACAAAAUUCAAAGCUAAUGUUACUGUAUCAAACGGCCUGGCGUUUGGAUUCUACGCAUUUGUAUGUCCUCAAGUUGAAAUUCUUGUGAGAAAUCAUCUGUUGCAAGUUUUCAACAGGGACGUGGGGCAAGCAGCUGGAAUCCUUCGUUUACACGCCCAUGACUGCUUUGUUCAGGGAUGCGAUGGAUCUAUAUUGCUGGAUAGAUCAGUUGAGAGGACUGAACUUCCUAACUUGAGCUUGAGACCUGAGUCAAUUCAGGUUAUUGAUACUCUCCGCCAGAUUGUUCACUCCCAGUGUGGCCCUGUCGUCUCUUGUUCUGAUCUUCUCACACUCGCUGCGAGGGACUCCGUCUUCUUUACAAGUGGAUUUGACUACGCAGUCCCUUUAGGAAGGCGAGAUGGAGUAGUGUUCCCAAGACCAGGACAAACAUUUGAAGAUCUGAUAGCUCCUAAUGCUAAAACAACUGAAGUACUAACCAAGUAUGCUCGAAAAGGCUUGAAUUUAGUCGACGCUGUAGCCCUGUCGGGUGCCCACAGCAUCGGUAUCGCCCAUUGCAGCUCUUUCAGUGAACGCAUUUUCCCUAAUAGAGAUCCCACCAUGGAAAUUUCUUUCUUCAAUAGUCUUAGGCAAGUUUGUCCUGCACCAAAUGCCAAUGGCAUAGCUUCGUUGGAUAUUCGAUCCCCUUUUAGAUUCGACAACUUUUAUUUCAUUGAUCUAAUGAACCGACAGGGAGUGUUUACUUCAGACCAAGAUUUGUUUGAAGAUCUUAGGACGAGGCCAACUGUUAUUACUUUUGCUGCUAGCCAACCUUUGUUCUUCUCGAGCUUCGCAGUUGCCAUGACCAAGAUGGGGAGUGUGGAGGUUUUGACAGGCGCACAAGGGGAAAUUCGUGCCAGGUGCAACGUAAGGAACUCCGAUGUUAACGAUUUGGAGCCUGUAGUGGAAAAGGAUAUAGCUUCAUCCUCUGCAAUGUGAGAUAAAAUUAGUGCAUUUAGUUUCUAGCAAAGGAUAUGUUGAAGUCGUUGUAACUUGCUUGAUUUCUUAGUUGUAACUUUUGCUCUUUUGCUUCUUGGUUAAUAAGAUGGUUGCAUCUAUUGCCGAA